CAAGUGGUGGAAGAAGCCAUCACCCUUGCUUGAUUGGCUAAGAGUUUCGCGACGGGCAAAUCAUCGUCUCUUUCCGGCACCCAUGUCUGAAGGCGCGCCUUUCUACUAAGAGUUUUCCACGUCAUUAAUGGUCGGGUUUCGAAUGUUCACCGCACGGGGAACAAUUGAAUCUCAAAUAGCACGAAUAUGCGCAGGAUUGUUGUCACACCGGAUGCUCUCUCGGUAAGCCUAACAGCUCGUUGCGCAGAGCCAGUGCGAAUUUGUCCGUGACGGAAAUGUUCAGUCUUUCGAGCGCGUUAGGAGGGACAGCAAUAACUCGGGGAUGGAUUGAGGCAGACUUUCAACGCUGACCACCCCGCUCGUAACCUUCCUGGCAAGAAUAUGCGGUCCACCUGACACAGACUCCCAGCAAAUACGAAAUGGCUCGUCCAAUGGACGCUUGAUCCUUCUUGAGAUCUGGGCGUCUUGUCGCAUUUAACGAUUAGGUUUUUCCAUCGCCCCGAAACAGUCUCGCUGCUGAGACGCGGGGUAGGAAGUAUAAUUGCUCGAGGUCAUCUGGGACAACAUUUCAGAACCCUCCCUGCCAGUUCUACUGGUACUUGGUUAGGUGAUUUUCAUGCCAGAUUUUUCCCAACAGAAGAUCAGGAUAACAAAACAAUGCUCGAAGUUUACUGUGAUCCUUGUACGGUUAAUAGCCGCAAGGUGUUGGCCGGCCUUGACCUCUUGGGCACCGAAUACCACUUCAACCACGUCAACUACUUCACUGGUGAACACAAGGGUCCUGAAUACCUGAAAAUCAAUCCCCAUGGCACUGUUCCCGCUGCAGUUGACGGAGAAUUGAAGAUCACCGAGUCCAAUGCCAUCCUGCAGUACGCCGCGGAUGACUCUGGUUCGAUGUACCCAAAAGACCCCAAACAGCGAUGUGCCGUGAAUCGCUGGCUCCUGUGGGAAGCUUCGGUGUGGUUUCCCAGCUGCUACGUCUAUCUGGUGGAAUAUGUAGUGAAGCCGCUUCUCCAGGCCGAACCUGAUCAAUCGGUCAUUGAUGCAGAAGCGCCAAAGUGGCACAAGCACGCCGCAAUCCUAGACGAACAGUUGUCCAAAUCCAAGUGGCUCGCUGGCGAUAAUGUCACCAUUGCUGACAUCGCGGUUGCUGCGCCUAUGCACCUGCAUGUCGCCCAACACCUUCCACUCGACAAGUAUCCCCAUCUUACCCGUUGGCUGACGGAGCAAGUCGAGAAGCUCCCUGCUUGGCAAAAUACCCAAGCCGCUGUCGACAAAGCCUUGUUGCCAGGUAAGCCUGCCACCACCAAUGGCACGGCUGGAGUUGUCCGCGCUAAUUUCAACUACACGAAGGACGUUGAGAAGAGGACGGAGCUCUAUUUCUACGAGUGCGAGGCUGCAAAAGACAUUCACCAGCCUGGGGAUGAUCCACACGAUAUGACCGUUACCGAUGGGUGGUCCAGAGCCGACUCUUUCUCCGUCGACAAGGAAGGGUUUUCGCUUGGUCAACUGAAGACCGGGUUUGACAAGUGGGAAGACGAGGAUUCUGUUCGCGAGCAGUUCUACCCCGAGAUAGUGGAAUUCUUGAAGAAAACCACCGGCGCCAUGCGCGUGCUCGUCUUUGACCAUACCAUCCGCACCAAGCGGAACGAAGCCAAGAAGCUCACCCAAGAGACCAAUACUUCGCAGCGUGCUCCGGUCAUGCUGGUCCAUUGUGAUUACACUGCAGAGUCCGGUCCUGCUCGUGUCCGCCAACUGUUGAAAGAUGAGGCUGAGGACCUCCUUUCUCGGCGCGUGGCAUUCUUCAACGUGUGGAAGCCGCUUCACCAUACGGUCGAGGAGCGGCCGUUGGCCAUGUGCGACGUCUCUUCGGCUCCCAUGGACGACUUCUUCAAACUGUAUCUCCAGUAUCGUGAUCGCGUCGGCGAGAACUAUGUCAUGCGAUAUUCCCCGAAGCAUAAGUGGUGGUACUUCCCCAAGAUGACGCCCGAACAGGUGAUUACUCUGAAGACAUACGAUUCCGAGACAGAUGGGCGAGCUCGUUUUGUCGGACACAGCGCGUUUGAGGAUCCAAACUCUCCGCCUGAUGCACCGAUCCGCGAGAGUGUCGAGAUCCGCACAAUUGCCUUCUUCUGAUGGAUCAAGGACGCUGCCGGGACUCACAGUCGGAGAGCGGUAGAGGGCCACUCGCAGCUAGUUCCAUCGUCUGCGCGAACCCGGGCAUGCCUUCGUUUGCUGUAGCCGG